AUGGAGAACACUAAGCCUUCAGAUGCACAAAGUUUGAAUCAAUCACCUUCAAACGAUAAUGAAGAAAAAGAGGGUGAUUUCCUAAAAGUCGUGAAGAAUUUAAAUUACGAUGAUUUCAAAAAUAUUGCUAAAAUGCCAUGCGCCCGUCAAAGUUUCUUGUAUGGGAUUGGUGGUGGAACGACGGUUGGUUUUCUGAGGUUCAUACAAAAAGGCAAGUUUCGUAAAAUCAUCGAUAAUACUGGAGACGAGAGAGUCGAACAAAAUAAACGAAAUUUUUAUGAUUAUAAUGUAGGUAAUGUUUUCUCGGCUACGAAUUGGGCUGUCGGAUCAUUCUGUUUAAUCUCAGUAGGAAUAUGGGAGUACUGUCAUUUUAGACGCGUAAAUCAACGCCAAAAAAUAAAGGCGAUAACUCAAAAACUGAACGAAUUAAGCAGGAAGAAAGCUCUAGAAAAAGCUUCGGAAAAUAUUAACAAUGAUUCAAAGAGCUGA